AUGGAUCUGCUUUAUUACCACGGCCCUCUGACCAAGCGAGACUGUGAGACCUUGCUGCUCAAGGAAGGGGUGGAUGGCAACUUUCUGUUAAGAGACAGCGAGUCUAUGCCAGGCGUCCUGUGCCUCUGUGUCUCGUUUAAAAAAAUUGUCUACACAUACCGAAUCUUCAGAGAGAAACAUGGGUAUUACCAGAUAGAGACUGUGAAAGGUGCUCCAAAACAGAUCUUUCCAAACCUAAAGGAAUUGAUCUCCAAAUUUGAAAAACCAGAUCAAGGGCUGGUGAUUCAGCUUAUAAAGCCAAUAAACAGAAUAAGCCCCUACAUGAGAUGGAGAAGAUUGAAAUUAGAGCUGGAUGGCAUUUAUGAGAACAGUAAUGAGUAUACAGAUGUCUUGCCUUGAAGAUAAGGACACUGGAUACAGC